AUGCUCGACGCUGUCACCCGCCCCGCAAAGGCACUCGUCUACGGAACAGCCCUCUUCAGUUUCUGCUCUCUGCUCAAUGUCGUCCAGGUGUUCUCUUUGCUCCUGGAGCCCUUCUCGAAGCGUCUCUUCUUCGAGGUGAACGCCCGUGUGGCCGGUUCGAUGUGGAAGGUUAUGCAGCUCAUCAUGGAGAAGAGACACAAGGCUGUGAUCACCUUCUCGGGAGACAAGGUGCCCCACCACGAGAGCGCCGUCGUCUUUGGCAACCACCGCUCCUUUGUCGACUUUUACAUGUUCCACUCCGUCGCCGCACGACGUGGCAUGCUCAACUACAUGAAGAUCCCUUUCUAUGGAUGGGGCAUGUGGAUUAUGGGUAUGCUCUUCAUCAACCGCAACUGGGCGCAGGAUCAGAUCAAGAUCAACAAAAUGUUUGCACGGAUAUUGGACAUUGAGGCACCUGUAUGGGUCGCAAGUUUCUUGGAGGGCUCUCGUUUGACACCGAGCAAGCUUGCUGCCUCUCAAAAGUUCAUGGCUGGACGCGGUCUUCCUCUGUUGUCGAACGUUCUUAUGCCCCGAACCAAGGGGUUCAUCACCACCGUUAACAAGUUCCGUGGAAGCCACGUCAAAUGUGUCUAUGAUUUCACCUUUGCCUACUACCACAAGACCAAGGGUUUCGGUGUGCCCCCAGAUCUGGUUCGUGUUCACACUGCCCAGUUGAGCCCCGAGUACAAGUUCCACGUGCAUGUGAAGCGUUACAUGAUUGCUGAUCUGCCAGCGGACGAGGAGAAGCUGAACGAGUGGGUUGUUCAAAAGUACGUCGAGAAGGACGCCUUCCUGGAGCAGAUGAAAGAGAAUUGGACCGAUGGCAUUGAGGGUGGCGUCUGGUCAGAGAAGUGGUAG